AUGUUCAACCCUCAAGAGAAGUUGAAAUAUGACCAGAUUUUUGAUGGAUUGAUGCCGUCCAACGGCUUGCUGAAUGGAGAUAAAGUGAAACCUAUUUUAUUGAACUCCAACUUGCCUGUUGAUGUUCUGGGCAGAGUCUGGGAACUUAGUGAUAUUGACAAGGAUGGAUUUCUUGAUAGAGAUGAAUUCACUGUUGCGAUGCAUUUAGUUUAUCAAGCGCUGGAGAAGGUGCCAGUGCCUGACCAACUGCCCGCAGAGAUGGUGCCUCCGUCUAAGCGACAUCUCCCGAUUCCUGGACUGGCGCCUCUGCUGACCACUCCAUUGCUGCCCAACGUUGCCGCAUUUGCACCUGGCAUGCCGGGGAACGUUCUUCCUGCUGUACACCCUGCUUCAAAAAUCGUGAUAAGUCCGUUGGAACGAGCUAACUACGACGAACUGUUCGCAAAAUAUGACCUGGACAAAGAUGGAUUCCUAAAUGGGGCAGACGUCAAAGAUGUCUUCCUGCAGACCGGCCUGCCUCAGUUGGUGCUAGCUCACAUUUGGAAUCUUUGCGAUACAACGGCGGCAGGGAAGCUGACGAAAGAUCAGUUUGCCCUCUCGAUGUACCUGGUGCAGCAGAAGUUGAAAGGUGCCGAGCUACCCACCCUGAUCACGCAGGACAUGCUGCCACUGUCCAUACAACUGCCUCCAACGCUGCCAACAAUGAACAUGUCACUACACAUGGACCAGUCAACGAUGAAAGAACUAGAAGCUCUCAGCAGUGAAAUUGAAGAACUUAAAAAAGAGAAGAUGGUGUUGGAGCAGGAGAAGUUGCAGAGGGAGGCCGACAUGAGGGUGUACGAGGGGGAGAUGUCGAACAUGCAGAAGGAUUUGGAUGGCUUGCUCUUUACCAUGCAGCAACUCGAGUGUCAGAAAGCUGAAGCACAAAAGAAGUUGGAUGAGUUGGAAGAGAAGAAGCGCAAACUGCAGACGUCAGUGGCUGACUGCAAAGAAAAGUACGACGGUGACCAACUGAAGAUUCAGGAACUGAGAAACAUCAUCAACAACAAAAAACCGCAGACUUACGAAGAGGAGAUGAGGCAGAUGAGGAAAGAGAUUGAAGACCUGUCGAGUGAGGAGAGAGACCUGGAGAAGAAGUACCAGAUGGCCAUCAACAAGGAGAAGAAGCUGAACGAGACUUUAUUGCAACUAGAGGAUCUCGUCAGCAAGUCCAAGAGUAAGGUGGAGGAUUCUCGCACGGCAAACCAUGAGAUUAACAUGAGGGAUUCUUCAAUCUUUGAUGCGAAUGACGUGUGGAAGUUUCCAAUUGCCAGUGACCAACCAAGCAUGAUAACGUUACUGUUCAACAACCAGCCAAUCGAAGAAGACCCCUUUGCAUCCUCCGACCCUUUCUCCAACCCCCUUUCCACGUUGGACCCCUUUGCAGACGAUCCAUUCAAGGAGGGCUUCGACAGGCAGCUGACCGGCGAACUCACCUCAACUUUCAACGCAACCUUUUCGCAGGUUCCAGCUGCAUCGGAUCCAUGGGACUCCACGAGCAACAACAAACAUGCAAUCCAUAACAUCUCUCAGUUGGACCCAUUCGGUUGCAAUGCAGAGUUGACUCACGCUUUCCAACAUGAU